AUGGAUGCGCUCAAAGAGGCCGAAAUUCGAGAAGUCUUCAAAGAGUUUGACAAGAAUGGCGACGGACGAAUCACCCGGCAGGAAUUGGAGGUGGCACUUCUUCAACUUGGCGAGAAGGCGUCCAACUCGAAAAUCGAGCAAAUGAUCGAGCAGGCCGAUCUCGACGGCAACGGCUGCAUCGACAUCGACGAGUUCCUCAACGUGCUCCAUCGCCAGAUUUGUGAUCCGCGCGAGGAGCGCGAACUGCGCGACGUGUUCGGCGUGUUCGACAAAAACGGCGACGGGCUCAUCUCGAUCGACGAUCUCCUCUUCGUCAUGUACCAAUUGGGCGAGAAGCUCACCGAGGCCGAAGCGCGCGAAAUGAUUCGACAGGGCGAUUUGGAUCACGACGGAAUGAUCGAUUUUCAGGAGUUCGUCAACAUCAUCAAAGGCACCAAUUAA